AUGCAGCGGCACGGGUCGGGAGCUGCGGGCGCGGAGCGGCAACACAACAUCCAAGAAAAGAUGAACUUUGAAAUCCGCAUACGGGAAGGCAUCCGUAAACUGCUUACAGUGAGCACACAGAAAGACCAGCUUUUGCAAGCAGUUAAAAACCUGAUGGUCUGCAAUGCACGGAUACAUGCAUACAGGACAGAGCUGCAGAACCAAAUGGAAGGGCCUGUCUCAUGCAGAACUGGAAAGUGGUUGUCAGACGCUGGGACAAAGGACCGGAUGGCAUGUCGAGCAAAAGUUGCUCUCUCAGAUAUUCGAAUACCAUUAAUGUGGAAAGGCUCUGAUCACUUCAACAAUAAAGAAAAAUCACAGCGCUAUGCAGUGUUUUGUUUGUUCAGAAUGGGAGCUGAGGUUUUUGAUACAGAGGUGGCAAUUGUGGAUAAAGCAAUAACAGAUAUCUGUUUUGAAAACGUAACCAUAUUUGAUGAAGCAGGACCAGAUUUCCAGGUGAAGGUUGAAGUGUAUAGUUGCUGUACAGAGGAGUCUUUAUAUGUAGCAAACACCCCUAAGAAACUAGUAAAGAAGCUUAAAACAUCCCUCAGCAAAGCUACAGGGAAGAAACUCAAAGCUACGCUGGAAGAAGACGGCACUGACUCCAUUUUGCUCUCUGACCCAGUCAUCCAUGGAGCAAAGUACAGUUUGCUAGCAUAUACCACUUUGGGGCUGGAGAGUGCCAAGGACAGUUUCAGGACCCACAACCUUACCAUUACAGGAAAUGAGGAAUCUUCUUUUUGGCUCCCCCUGUAUGGAAACAUGUGCUGCCGUUUAGUUGCUCAGCCUUCCUGCAUGGCUAGAGAUAUGAUGACAGGAUUUCUGAAUCAACAGCAAAUGAUAGGAAAUCUAACCAGCUGGAGGAGGCUGUAUUGCGUACUGAGAGGUGGAAAGCUCUCUUGCUAUCACUCACCAGAAGAAAUUGAGGCUAAAGUGGAGCCAGCCCUGAGAGUUUCGAUCAAUAAGUGCAAGUCUGACAUCUGGUUGAACGCUGCUGUAGUAGGGAAAGUGGCUGAUCUGUCCCCACUGUAUUUUAAGGAAACCAGAAUUCAAUCUGUGGAUAAAGACUCCAAAAGAAGAGCCAAUAGCUUUUCUGUUAUCAACCCCCUGCCUGGAGAGGCUGCGACUCAACUUUUUGCUACUGACAGUAGGGAAGAGCUUCAGAAGUGGAUGGAGGCUUUCUUGCAGCACUUCUAUGAUCUGAGCCAGUGGAAACAUUGUUGUGAAGAACUUAUGAAAAUUGAGAUUAUGUCACCACGGAAACCACCUUUGUUCUUGACUAAAGAAGCGACCUCUGUCUACCAUGAUAUGAGCAUUGAUUCUCCAGUGAAACAUGAGGGCUUAGCUGAUAUCACACAAAGAAAAAUUGAAGAGAGUGAUGGUGAGUUCCUGCUUUGCCAGCAAAAAGAGCCUGCGUCUUCCUUAUGGGCUUCACUCUUUGAUGGAUCUCACGAGAUGGUUGUUCAGAAAAAUAUGCAUACUGCAAGUCCUAAUGAUGGCAGAGGGAAGAAAAGAAGAGCUCCACCUCCACCCUCUGAUAAACCAGCGUACAAUGCAAAAGCACGUGGGAAUGCAGAGGAACGGGACAAGGAGAACUGGGAGAGGCCUGAUGGCACAUCUUGCAGUUCUUUAGAUUCAGUGUUAUCUAUGGAAACACGACAAUUGCAGGCACCCACUGCUGCUCCUCGCAGAAUCUGUCCUUGUAGGAAAAACAGUUUGGCUGACCAUAGGAAUCCCAUGUCUUUGGUUACUAAAACAGAGUCUGAAACCAAACCGGUACCAACCCCUAGGCAGAAAUGCGUCACAGAAGCGCUAGACCCUAGGUCACGGUUACAGCCACAGACUUAAUUACUGGCUUAGAAAAUUCCCUGGAAUUUUAAGUUCUUCAGCCUUAUACUGCAACUUCUGAGUGAAAAUUGGUGUUGGCAUAUAGUUUCUAAAUACUGAGGCUAAAGCCUUGUUGCUUGGUUGCUUUGUUGUUUUGUUUCUCUGUUUUUGGUCUUUUAUCUAGAACACUACUACUAGCUGCAUUAUUCAUUUACUUGUUAUUGCUAACAUCUGAAUAAUUACACAAAUAAUGGGGAAGGGUUUAUCUCUAUCUCAAAUAAUGAUGCUAUUUUUGAAACAGUGUUUCAGUACUUUUCCCUUGAAAAACUGUCAGUAUUCAGGGUAUCUCAGUGUCUGUGCUGCAGGGCUUUUACUGUGGGCAUUUCCCAGUCCCUCUGCUGAUCCCAUCUGCAGCUCCUUAAACUGAUUCAACAGGGAAUUUCAGAUAUUCAACACCAGUCUCCCAGAACUGAUUUUCCUGUGCUUCGUGGUUGGUUUCACCUGAAAUAUUCCCAUAUCUCCCUCAAUGUUUAAGAACUGCUGCUUGUAAGAUAAUGUGCUGUGAACAGUUACUGCACACUUCUGAAUGGCUCUGGAUGAGUUUCUGAAGCAGUUCUACCAAUUUAACGGGAUCUCUGUGGUCCUCUGUGCUGCGUGCACGUCUGAAUGGACUGCGUCUGUCUGCGUACAAACAAGAAUGGAAUCCAUCAGUGUGGUUUACUUUGGACUAACACAAACAUGUCAAAGCAGUACUGCCUAUAAAUACCUAUUUGGGAUUUUUUUUUUUUAAUCUUUCUUUUUGAUGAAUGAGGCUUUGUAGCAUCACUCCUCCUUCACGGAACUUCUCAGCUGUUCCUUGUAGAUAGCUUUUUGUAAAGGUGAUGGCAUUACUGGUAAACAAAUAGGUUUUUUAUUUCCCCACUCAUUUUUUAAAAAGAGAACAAAUUCUUCAGUUGAAAAUAUUGAACUCUGAUGUUCUUAUGUCACCAUUCACCAUUUUUAUAAGAAGGUUGGGUUAUUAUGGUUCGUGUGGCACCUGCAAAAAAUCUAUUUAUGCAGAAAAGAUUCCUUUUUCCUGGAUCCACAGCUUAAAUAUCCAGCCCUUUCCUUGCUUGAUGCGUUUCUCUCAGAAGCUGGAACUCAGCCAGGAGCAAAGGUCUGCUUGCAGAUUUUCCUCUAGAGCCUUAGUAUUCAGACUUGUGUUGAGUCAUAUCAGCAACUGUAUACAUACACUUCAUUUUUUUUUUUUUUUAUUUGAAAGUACAGAUGGCUUUGGGAGCUUUACCAUUUCUCUGGAAGGUAUUGUGUGCGUGGCUGGUUAGUUUGUUUAUCUAUUUUUUGUCUUUUGCUAAGCUCUUGCUAUACAGUUGUAAAGGUAUCUGCUGCAUUUCCUCAGUAGUUCAUUGGCUGUUUGGGAUGGAAUUUGAUGGGCAGGUUUCAUUUACAAAUCCCUUGGUGGGAUUAGGACCCUCUGUUUAAGAAAUGUCAUUGUUCGUUCUUCAUUUAAUCACAUUCCAUUUUCCCUUGGAAACAGCCGUAAUAAUUCUUACAACAAAUCGUGCUGUUACUUAAGUGGAUGGUUUGUGAAUGGUUUAUAAAUAGGAACAGAAAAACUGAAGAAUAACAAUGUGAUUAUGUAAAUUAGACAGUCACUAAGUGGACUGUGCAAUUCUGAACAAGAAAUAGGGAGAAAUAAACAUAGGGGAAAAAAGGUGCAGCUGCAGAUUAUUUAGCUUUAAAUCUAGCAUUAAAUGUAACUCUCCUACGAAAAAAAAGAGUAUCUUUUUUCGUGGUAACCCCCUUCCAAUUAGUUGCUAUAUUUCAAAAUAAAUCUCUUAAAUAUACGAGGCAAGAAGACAACAUAACGAGAAUUCAUUUUUUAAUUCAACAGGCCAUUGAAUUUCAAUGAGCAGUUUCCCUGUUAAAUUCAGGAGCUUUGUUUUGAACUACAACAUACAUAUUUUAGGCAGGCAUUUAAUAUUAACUUCUUCAAGUGACGAGCAUUUGCCCAUCCCUCCUGUUGCAAUAGUUAAUUACCUCAGGUACGUUUUUCACUUGAUUUUUCUAUUUGCAUUUGUAGCUCCACCUUAAGUUAUUUUGGUCUUUUUAUGCCUUUGAUUGCUUAUAUUGAUCUCUGUAGUAUCAGCUUUUCUAAUUGCUCGUGUGUAGCUAUAAAUCAUGAUUAUGUCCCUUUUAACCUUUUCUCUGAUGAGAUAUACUGAAUUCCUUAACUUUCCUAUGGAAAUGAAUGCUAUCCAAGACUAAUUCAUCUUCACGUUCUUCUCUGUACUUCUCACAUAUUUAAAUAUUUCUGUGUGACCUCUGAAUGAGAUGCUAUGUGUCAACAGUGAUCCAGCAGGCCUAUACAGACAGAGUGUGAUCUUCUUACUCUGAUAAAUACCUCCCUACCCUAUUUCCACAGAAAUCACAUUAUCCUUCUUUUUGCAGAAGCAUUACCUUGGAUGCUGACUUUUACGGCUCAGGUCCUCUUCAGAGUCUCUUUCUAGAAUGUGGUGCUUCGUCCCCUUAUUAUCCUAACGUAUUUUUUCUUGGAGGUAUACACUGUAUUUUACCAGCCUUAAAAUACCGCUUAUGAAGCGAUCCAGAUUGCUGUGUGUAAGUGACCUGUCCCCAUUCUUUACUACUCCAGCAGCCUGCAUGUCCUUUGCAAAUUUAUUGCAAGUGAUUUUUACAGUUUCUUCCAGAUCAUUGAUUUUUAAAAUUGAAAGCAAGGCAAGGUUUGUAGAAAGAGGUGAUAAGUUUUUAUUAGAUCGGUGACAUGGGUGGGGGUGGGGAAAAGCAAACAGGCCAUUGAGUUCAUGUCUCUUUUUUCCAAGAGCCUUUAAAAACUGAAUAAGACGGAAAUUCAGGGCAAGCCUCCAUGCAUCCUGCUGAUUCCCUAUGAAUACUGCAUUUUGAAAUUAGUUAUCUGUUUUCAGCGCAACAGUCUGUAUUGAUCUCUAUCUGUGACGGGUAUUUUAGAGAAAUGAAUGUUCGUCUGGUUUGCGCCGGGUGCCCCGGGAUCCUAAGGAUAACACUUCAGUGCAGGUGUUUUUGUAAGCUCAGCUUACUGGAUCAAAGCAAAAAAUGCAGCCUGUUGUCUGAGACCUCUUCUCCAUGAGGUUGUGUCGAUUGACAUACACUCUAUCCUUGAGUUAGUCUCAUACCAUCCAUUUCACUGCAUUGCCCUGAUCACCGUAAGCAAACGAGGCCAUUAAUUACCCUGAUCAUCUUCUUUCCGCACAACAGUAUUGUUCUUGCAGUCCUGUGAAAUGUCAUGACACUGCUGAGACUUGUUAAACUAAUUACAUGUUUAGGCUCCUACAGCUGGAAAUGUUUCUGCUACCGAAUGUAGUUUCUGCUAUUUUAAGCAACCAGUAUAUAAUCCCUGUUAUGAAGCAUCAGUUGACUUCAGGUUUUAAUAUUUAUUGUACUGACUAAGUCUUUUUUCUUUUUUUUUCCCCUCAUGUGUUGCCUCUUAUUACUGCCUUCUCAUCUUCUGUUCAGCAGGCUGCUUUCACUGAUUAAAAACUGCAGGCUACCAGUGAGCGUUGAUCUCAGCAAUACAAUAAAGUCAGUUCUAGUGAAGAGAUUUGUACUCGCUUUUGUCUACUCAAAAGAACAUAAAUAAAAGUAAUAAAGCCAGCAAAUUCUAGGAGUAUAAUUACAAGAUAUAUCUGUGAGGAAAACUUAAAUUUUUUUUGGCGUUUCCACGCGGUGACAAAUUGUAAUAUUUCACUAAGACGUUCAUCCCCUUCUAAUCAUUAAAAGACUCGCUCAGGAAUUAGAACUUCUCCAUUGUUUUUUGCCUCAAGUGUGCCUGACUGUAACAAGGGCGAAAAUGCAGCAGGAGAACUCAAUAGCUGAGUCAUUUGACUAGCAUGUACGAACAGUGCUGAAAUAGGAACUAAUUCACAAAGGGUGAAGGGAAGUCAGGCAGCCUCCAGCUGGGGUGAGGCUGGGUAGGACAGCAUGAGACCAGUGGCAUCUCCUGGCCUUGCAGCCCAGGUAUUUGCCUCUCACAGCUGUGCAGGCAAACCAGUGCACUGCUGCCUUGUGGUGGAGUCUGGAGCAAAAUAGUGUUCUUGCAGAGACACUGCACUGCUAGUGAACUGCCCCACCUGCCUACUGUUGUGCAGCAAAGAUGCUGGUAGCUUUGUGCAUCUUGUUCAUUUGCUGCUUCUGAGCUGCACUGAUAUGCUGCUUUUGUAAAGAACACGUCAAGCUUGCUCUGAAAUUUGUCCUGCUUGUUCUCUGCUGGAAUUAAUUAAUUUCUGCUUAAAAGCAAUUAAAUAGUGAGAUUGCAGCCUUGAAGUAUAGUGAAGACAACAGCCAACCUUUCUGUUAGGAAGCACGGUUUAAAAGCUAGUCCAAACUUGAAUGUGAAUUUCACAUAGCACGAACAACUUCUGCAGUGCUGCCUGCACAAGGCCUUGAUUUAGCAAUUUUUUAGAUGGUACUUUGUGUUUUGUGCUGUUUACUUGGUCUUGCAAUUUUGAAGACUUUAGCUUAAAUGUUUACAUUUUUACAUUUGUAUUUUUUUUUUCUGUAGUAAUGGUUAUAAGUAGUUAUUUUUAUGGUACUUUUUACGUAUCUUAAAAAUACUGUCCUAGUAUUCAGAAUUGAUUUGUAAUUAAUUACAGGAAACGAAUGUAUUGUGAAAUAUUGG